AUGCUCACCAUGCUCGCUGCAUACACUACGGAAGUCCUCUAUUACCUCAGUUGCUCGAUAGCAGAUCCUAAUUACACGGCUCCGCAGCCCUUGGCGAUACGAUGUUUGAGCUCCAUCCUCGUCUGGUCCCUUCUUUCAUGUCUCUUGUGGGCAAGCCAGUUGCUGCAUUGGUAUGCUUAUUUUGGAGCCUUCAUUCUCCAGUUUGCACUCGAGACAGCGACAUGCUUGGUUAUGGUUUUCGCACAGUCACAGCACGUUCGACAAAAUCAUCCACCACUACUCAACAGCUGCUUGAGAGCCUUCGUAUCGCUACUCUUGCUGAUUGAUUCAUUUGUCAUUCUCGUUACCAAACAAGCUGAAGCCUGUACAGACGAAGAAAGUCAGUCGCUUCUCGGCAAACAAGCAAAUGGUUCUCCGGGCGCAAGCAUCAACAGAAGCUAUGGUGGUGUUCCCCAAGAUGAAAGCGACGGUGAGGACGGCCCGCGAGAAGAAGUUGAUAAAGACAUCAAGGCGCAACAAGCCAAGCGUCUCGAAGAAGAGGGUGGUUGGUUCGGCUACUUGAAGGGCUUCAUGAUCUUUCUGCCCUAUCUUUUUCCAACAAACGACUGGACAGUCAUGGCCUCCCUCGGUGUGCGAAUCGCACACACGAUGCUAAAGCGUACCUUUAACCUACUCACGCCUCGACAGCUCGGUAUCAUCACCACCAAACUACAAGAAGCUUACGUGACGAAGACUGGUGUCAUGCCAUGGAAGGACAUCGGCCUCUGGUUGUUGUAUUCUUUUAUCAACGGCCCCACCGUGUUUAGCAUUCUGGAUAGCCUGGCGAAUAUGUUCAUCACAAACUCUAGCUAUCGCCUCAUUACCCUGCUAGCUUACGACCACGUUCUGCGUCUGUCCAUGAGCUUUCAUACUUCGAAAGACUCGGGUGAGGUGAUGAAGGCUAUCGAGCAGGCAUCUUCGCUGAACACACUCAUCGAAAUGGUCUUAUUUAACAUUGCGCCAAUGUUCCUGGAUAUUCUUGUUGCCAUGUUCUACAUAACCCAUUUGUUCAAUGCGUAUAUGGUAUUUAUUGUUCUAUACAUGGGCGCAGCCUAUGUUGCCAUCGGAUUCUACUUUACUACCCUGUCUCAACCUAAGCGACGAGACUACGUUGAAAAUCAACGAGCGGAAAGCUCCACAGUCAACGAGACAGUACAUAACUGGCAGACGGUCGCUUACUUCAAUCGUUUGGCAUUUGAAUACGAGCGCUAUAGUAAGAAGAUCAGCGACGCCAUCUCGGCACAGUAUGCGUACCGCCUGACAUACAUGGGUGGGAAUGCUGCGCAAUCUCUUUUGACUACCGUUGGGUUUUUUAGUGUCUGUGUCUUCUGUAUGACGCAAAUUGUUACCGGACAAAAGCCAAUUGGCAACCUCGUCACGCUCAUCAUGUACUGGGGCACAAUAACUUCGCCGCUCUACGUCCUUUCACACAGCUACCAACAGAUCACCGGCUCGCUGAUCGCUGCCGAACGUCUGCUCCAGCUGCUGAACACUCCGCCCUCUGUCGCUGACCGGGAAUACGCUAAGGAUCUUGUUGUGCACACUGGAGAGGUGGAAUUCAAGGAUGUCAACUUCCACUACGACCCACGUAAGCCUAUCAUCAAGAAGGUCAACCUCAAAGCUUCGGGUGGUCAGACUGUUGCCUUUGUGGGUGAAACGGGUGGCGGAAAAUCUACCAUGCUCAAGCUUCUCUUCCGCUUCUACGAUGUGACCGGCGGCUCUAUCUUGAUCGACGGACAAGACCUGCGCUCAGUUACUCAAGCCAAUCUGCGCGAGGCCCUCGGCGUUGUGCCUCAAGACCCCGUUCUCUUCAACCAAAGCAUUCGCCAGAACAUCCGCUACGCCAAACUCGACGCCACCGAUGCCGAGAUCGAAGAUGCUUGCCGCGCCGCCGCGAUUCACGACGAUAUUGUCAGCUUCCCAGAUGGUUACGACUCCAAGGUAGGCGAGCGUGGAGUACGGCUAUCUGGUGGACAACUGCAACGCAUAGCCAUUGCCCGCGUUCUCCUCAAGAACCCGAAGAUUGUACUACUGGAUGAAGCAACAUCAGCAAUCGACUCUUCCAUUGAAGCAACCAUCCAACAAGCCUUCCGCAGACUAAGCCAGGGCCGCACAACGUUUGUGAUUGCGCACAGACUGAGCACAAUUGCGGAUGCAGACCAGAUCUUGGUGGUGGAGAAGGGUGAAAUCAUUGAGAGAGGUAGACACCAAGAGCUGCUGCAGAACGAAGCAGGCAAGUAUGCAGAGCUGUGGAAGAAGCAGACAGAGGGAAUUUUUUCAAAGGAGGCAAGGACCAAUCCCACGAAGGAGGGUGGGGAUGAAGCUGGAGGCGUGGUGGUUGAAGGUGAUGAGUUUCAGGGAAAAGACAAGGCAAUAAGCUCAGCAACGGAUAGUGAUGAUGCAAAGGGGAACAGCCUACGACGCAAAUAA